CGCAGAAACCGUGGCGGUGGCGCGAUCUGACUGCAUGCGAUGGCCAUUCUCGAUUUAGCCGACAUACCCCACGAUGGAGCUGACCAUAGUGCAAGACGAACGCCGCCUGGAAGCGGAGCAUGAGAAGGUGCUGCAGCAGCAGACGAGUCGGCCCGUGACCACGCGCGUCCGCGAUGCCCUCCGACGGUUCACGCAACGCAACAUUGUUGGCAAGCUCCGAGAAGAGACGACAACUGUGUUCAACCAAGAGGAGUAUGCAAGCGAGAAAGAAAAGUACUUGAAGCUAUUUGAGCAUCUAAAGGGCCAGGAAGCGUCGCUGAAGCAGCUGGGUUUGUGUGUGUCCCGCCUCGGAGACGCGCUAUUCGAUGUAGGCGAAUGCAAUGCACGCAUCAAGAUGGACCACUCGGACACGCGAUUCCGAGAUGUCAUGCGUCAAAUGCAGGGCAAGACCACGACGUAUGGCCCGACCAUGGAGCAGCAUGUGCUUCCGCAACUUCGCCAGCACGUCCAAAGCAUGGAGGCACUGAUGGUCCAGAUGCACCAGCGGGACAACCUCGAGUUGGAUUUCCACACUGCAGUGCACAAGGUACAGGAUUUGUCCAAUAUGUCAAGCACUGGAUGACUGGAUCGCCGCAUGAACAGCAUGAAAAAGCCAAACGCAAGGGGAAGAUGCACGUCAUUAAAGAAACCGGACAGCAGAUGCACGAUGCACAGCAUGCGCUGGUGGUGGUGACCCGAGUUCUCCUGGGAGAGUUCAAGCGGGUUCAGUCCAUCAAGGGGAGUUUGACAGAGGAGACGCUGCUUCUCACCUGCACAUCCAUGGGUCAGCUCAUGAACCAGAUGACGUCGAUUGCUUCCGCGGGCACGUCUACCUGAGACGACGACACAUGCUCAAUUUCAAAACGUGUUAUGCUGAACACAUUUCGAAAAAUAGUGAAUUUUAUUGAUAAUUUUACGUAUAUUUUAUGCA